UUCAAUACAAAACAUACGUCUCCAUCCUGGGGCAGGCAUAAUGCAGCCUACUUCAAGCACAGCAAAGUCUGUGUCGUCAUUAAAAGAAGAGUCGAGUGGCCUUCCAUCAUUUCUCUUCAAACUCAUUCAAUCUCUCUGCUUGUUAGCCAAAAGGUUUUCAGAUACGUAGUCAGAUUCACAUUCCUUGUUGAACCUCCAACCAAUUAUAUUCCUAUUUACUACCCAUGGCAAUAUUAGGCAGACAUGCACACGUCCUAGUAUUCCCCUUCCCAGCACUAGGCCACAUGAUUCCUCUCUUAGACCUCACCCAUUACUUAGCCACCGCCUCUGAUCUGACCAUCACCAUCUUAGUCACCCCGAAGAACCUCCCCUUGUUGACCCAACUCCUCUCUUCCCACCCUCAAAUCAAUACACUGGUCCUCCCCUUCCCUCCCCACCCUUCCAUUCCCUCCCACGUCGAGAACUUCAAAGACCUACCUCAAUGCUGUUGCCCCGCCUUGAUUCACGCCCUUGGUCAACUCUAUCACCCUUUGUUCUCAUGGUUCGAAUCCCACCGUUCACCUCCUUCAGCCAUCGUCUCCGACAUGCUCUUGGGAUGGACUCAACGUUUGGCUUCCCGUCUAGGCAUUAAACGAAUUGUUUUUUUCCCAUCUGGCGCCAUAGCAUUGUCUGUUUUGUAUACCCUGUGGCUCGAUCUCCAAGCUGUCAUUUCGUUUGAUAAAAUUGCGAAAUGUCCAAAGUACCCUUGGUGGAAACUCUCUCCUACUUUUCGCGCGUGCGUUGGGGGCGACCCGGCUGGAGAAUUUAUCAAAGAUGGACUUGUCGCAAACGUCAAAAGUUGGGGUCUAAUAAUUAACUCUUUUGCUGAACUAAAAGGGCCUUAUUUCGACCAUUUGAAGAAUGUCAUGGGCUCUGAUCAUGUGUGGGCUGUGGGGCCCUCACCUUUCCAUGUUAACAACAGUUCUUCUCUUACUUGCCCCGUGCGUAGGGGUGGGCCCAGCUCGAUCUCUGUGGAUGGCUUGUUGACGGGGCUAGACACGUGUGAGGAUGGCGAGGUGGUCUAUGUUUGCUUCGGAAGUCAAGUCGUGUUGACCAAUGAGCAAAUGGCAGCCGUUGCGUCGGCGUUGGAGGAGAGUGGGGUCCGUUUCAUAUGGUGCGUCAAGGAACCCACGGAAGUACACGUGGAGGGAAGAUACGGCAUGAUUCCAAAUGGGUUCGAAGAUCGUGUGGCUAGUAGGGGAUAUGUUAUCAGAGGGUGGGCCCCGCAAGUUGCUAUAUUGGAUCACCGAGGUGGCGCGUUCUUGACUCAUUGCGGAUGGAACUCGGUCUUAGAAGCUGUGGUGGCUGGUGUGACCAUGCUAACGUGGCCCUUUGGUGCUGACCAAUUUGUGGACGAUUCUUUAUUGGUUGAUGAGCUACGGGUGGCUAAGAGGGCGUGUGAGGGUGCGGAAACUGUGCCAAACUCAGACGAGUUGGCACGAGUGGUGGCAGAAUCAGUGAGCAAUAAGAACAGCGUAGAGAGAGAAGGAGUGAUGCAAUUGAGAAAGGCAGCAGUAGAGGCAAUUAAAGAAGGUGGCAGCUCGGCUAAGGAUUUGGAGGAAUUGGUAAAGCAUCUAUGUUCAACGGAAUUAGAUGCAAAUUCUGACAUGCAAACUGUCUUAAGGUUGUAGAAAAGAAUAAAGAAAUGGAAGUGUGUUUUUGGUUUUGGAGCACCUUUUACGUGGCUGGCUUGUAGAUGAAGCAUGUAAUGUAAGAGUUUAUGCUCCAUAUAUCUGCGUUAUAAUUAGAAUAUUAUUAUUAUUAU